AUGCUUCGACAACAACAAUUCUCACAUCUACCUUCUCUUCUCUCUUCCUACAAUGAUCUAUUCGGAGAACCUUCCAAACAACAACAACAUCAAGAAAACAUUCCACUCGUCUCUCCUCCUGAAUUGGUCAAAACAUUUCACACCGAAAUUAGUUCUCAAGAAUUAACUCAAAAAGAAUUAAUUUUGGAACAAUUGGUGAAGAGUCGAUCGACAACGUCCGGAAUAGACGAGUCCAUGAUACAUCCAUCAUCCUGUCGACAGUUGCUUUCGCAAGAGGAUGACAAUGAAGAAUUGUCGCCUUCUGAUCAUCAUCCUUACGAAAAAUUGUCAAUUGAAGAGGAAAGUGCACAUGAUGAGAAACAUCACUCCGAAAUGAUUCAACAAUUCAAAAAUGAUGACAAUGACGGUCCAUUCGAUUCGAAACAUCACCACCUUUACUCACAAGAGUUUAAAAGUGUCAUGAAUUAUUCAUCACGAAUUGCAGAAAUGACAAAACAAAUGAAAUUGUCGUUACUAAAAGAUAGAAAAAGAGUGACACACAAUUUUGAUGGCAUUCGAAAAGAUCUAGAGAAGAUGAAUUUUACAAUGCUUGGACAUUUAAUACCGUUCAAUAUUGUGCAUGAAUAUAUUUUGUCAUUCUUAACUUUGAGAGAAAUCAAUGCCUCAAUUUGUAGAUUAAGCAAAUCGUGGGAAUUAGCUGCUGCUUUUUAUCCUUUGAAUCAAUUAGAGAACAUUGAUUGGAUCAAGAAGCGAUUUUAUUCAUCCUUCAAAGAUGUGACCGACAAUGUGGAAAUGGGUCAUGAACAUAGCAAUGUGAAAUUUACCUAUUUCAUUGUGACUGAAAAACAAAAUAUUCCGCAAUUAGGAAACAAAGCUUCCUUCUCAAAACAUAAUGUCACAACAACAAGUGCUAGAAUGAUUUGGUUUUUGAUUUCUCGAUCCUUCUCAUCAUUUGCUGAUUCUCUCGAAAAACGCCACCCAAGUAUGAAAUCAUUUCUCAAAGAUAAGAUUAUUGAAUUUUGUUUACUGAUUUCCAAAGCGCAAGAAACCAUUAUCGAGUUGAAUCAAUACAAACACAUUCACUUGAUCAUUCAGCGUCUUUCUCAUUCAGACAAACUUUCAAGGUUGCAACAAGGAGAAGAUUUUGCUUUGAAUUUUGUGAUGAAAGGAGACAAUGACGACCAUAUGAAUGCAUUUUGUUCCCUCAUGUCCAUGAGGCUUGAAGGUUUUCCUAAUCAAGUUUCGCUUUUCCUUCAACAUGAUGAAGACUAUUCCGAUGAGGAUGAAGAAGAGCACGACGAAGACAUAUCCGAAGAAGAAGAAGAAGCAAGUAGUGAGGAGGAGGACGACGACGACGACGACGACAAUGGUGAGGCUUCUUAUGAAGCUUUUGCCUUCCAACAUCAACCCGUGUACAAUGCAGAUCGCUUGUUCGAUGAAUUGGAAGGCAAUCAGAUAGACAGCGCUGACUACGAAGAGAAUGAAGAAGAACAAUGA